GAAAUUGACAGAUCAAUAAUAAAAAAAUAUAAAAAACACGAAAUAAAACGUGAAUAAAUUUUAAUCAAAAUAUUAUUAGGACGAAGAAAUGACAAAUCCUACAGCAGUUAUUUCCAAAAAUUUGUGCUUAUAUUUGCUAGAAAAGCCAAGCUUAUUUCCUUGUGUUGAAGUUCCCAAAAAUGCAAUCAAUUUUAUUCGAAUUCAUAAAGAAAAAUUAAGUGUAAAAGGCGAUUUCAGUUUCCCUUGCAGUUUAGACUUAUGGAAGAACUGUUGUAAGGAGACGGGUCAUAAAUUGCGCUUAACUGCUUUUGAUAUGUUUAAGGAAGUCGAGGAGGACAUUUGCAACAACGAAAGACAAAAGUUUUUAAAAAUUGCCUCUCGCUGGGCAAUACCAAUUGACCGGAUUCGAAUUGAUAAUGAGCGCUGCUUUUUGUACCUUAAGAGACAUACAGUCAUGUUAAUGUUGCUUCAACGUGUAUUAAAUAAUGAUAAAAAUGAGGAAUGCUAUGGUAAAUUAAAAAAGAAUCCCAAGCAAAAGGUAUGGCUCAGUGGUAUGAAAUUGGCCGAACAGCAGCAUGAGGAGCUAUCAUUUUGCCGAGCCAAACUAGUAGAAAAUAUAUUACUGCGUGUGUUGGAGUACUCUCAAUGGACUGUGGUAACAGAAGAAUAUGCCGAAGAAGCAAGGAAAGGUAAUAUAGGCGAAGUAUUGAUGUUAAAUGUAGCGAGUGCUGCUGGAAAAGUCACAGUAAAUCCAUUUGUCAUACCACCUAGUAGACUUAGCUACGCAACCAUACGAUGUGGUAUAGUUAUUGAUCCCAUUACCGGAAAAUUAACUAAACUAAAAACCAGUGAGUACCUCAGCUGUCGUUCCAAUGAUAUGUGUUUGAUGGCAAUGCAUAAAUAUGGUGUUCGAAUUAAAGAUGAUAAGAGUUUUAGUGCAUUGAUGUCUCGCUUAGGAGCAGCUGCAGUUACGGUUGAUUUAAUGGAAGUUCGUCAUUCAAGUCCCGUACAAAUAAUUCGUAGCGGAAAAGGAAGCACUAGAGGUGCUGCAUUCAUUUUGUACAACUCGGCCCGAUUAGAGUCAUUAUUACGAAAAUUUGAAGAAAAGGUAGAAAAUGGUGAAUAUGGUAAACUACCGCCAAUAGAAAGUAUAGACUUCGCUUUGCUCGAUGAAGACGAAGAAUGGCAACUAGUGUUCAACUAUAUUUUUGCCUUUCCCAACCUGAUUGAGAGCUGUUUGGAUCAGAUAAGAAAUGGUGUAUGCGCGAUUCAUACUAUUGUGAGAUUUCUUGGCGAUUUUGCUUCACUCUUCAGUGUCUAUUACCGUCGCAUACGCAUUCUGAUUCACGAAAAAAGGGACCACUUAAUGCCUUGUGUAUAUGCGCGAAUUUACCUGGUGAAAGCUAUUCGUGAAAUCCUUAAUAGAACAUUGUCUUUUCUCGAUAUCGAACCGGUCCAGUUCAUGUAAUUUAUAAAUUUUAUUUUUAAGCUGUCUUUAUUUUAGAUUCUAUCACAAGACAAAACGAAAGAAAAUAUUUAGGCUUAUAAGUAGUAUAUAUAUUAAUAUAUUAUAUUUCUGCCUGUACUACUUUUACAUAUAUGUAUAUAUGUGAUUAAAAUUUCAUACAACUUUUUUGGCAAAUAUUUGUGUGUAUCUAAAUUAUGUAUGAGUAUGUAAUGAAAAAUCCUGUAUGAAGUGUAGUAAAGUGAGAUUUCAUAGCAACAAUAA